CUCAGAUGCUUAGGUUAUGUAUAUUUUGUGUGAAGUGAGUACAACACGGGGAGAUGGCGUGCCUCAGAUGCCAGAAGAGCUGUGCAAGCCUGCUGCUGAGGGCACGCUUCCCGUUUGUUGGGGCUUUGGGGUAGGAGACCUGGUGACACAGUAGCCUUUAGGCAGAGCUGCUUGGGAUGUGCAGGAAGUGGUGCUGCAGGCUUUGUCGGUGGGGGGGUGGGAAUCUGAGCCAUUUCUCUGCGGACAGCUGUGUUUCAGAGUCUGGACAAGUUGCUGUUGAAUUUUGCAUGGGCUGCCAGGAUUUUGUGGAAGUAUAAUACUUUGUCAUUAUGAGAUGUCGUCUCUCGGUACCUCCUUUGUGCAAAUUAAAUUUGAUGACUUGCAGUUUUUCGAAAACUGCGGUGGAGGAAGUUUUGGGAGUGUCUAUCGAGCCAAAUGGAUAUCACAGGACAAGGAGGUGGCUGUAAAGAAGCUACUCAAGAUAGAGAAAGAGGCAGAAAUACUCAGUGUCCUCAGUCACAGAAACAUCAUCCAGUUUUAUGGAGUAAUUCUUGAACCUCCCAACUAUGGUAUCGUCACAGAAUAUGCUUCUCUGGGAUCACUCUAUGAUUACAUUAACAGUAACAGAAGUGAAGAGAUGGACAUGGAUCACAUUAUGACCUGGGCCACUGAUGUAGCCAAAGGAAUGCACUAUUUACAUAUGGAGGCUCCUGUCAAGGUGAUUCACAGAGAUCUGAAGUCAAGAAAUGUUGUUAUUGCUGCUGAUGGGGUGUUGAAGAUCUGUGAUUUUGGUGCCUCUCGGUUCCAUAACCACACAACGCACAUGUCCUUGGUUGGAACUUUCCCGUGGAUGGCUCCAGAAGUUAUCCAGAGUCUCCCUGUUUCUGAAACUUGUGACACAUAUUCCUAUGGUGUGGUUCUCUGGGAGAUGCUAACAAGGGAGGUCCCCUUUAAAGGUCUGGAAGGAUUACAAGUAGCUUGGCUUGUAGUGGAAAAAAACGAGAGAUUAACCAUUCCAAGCAGUUGCCCCAAGAGUUUUGCUGAACUGUUACAUCAGUGUUGGGAAGCUGAUGCCAAGAAACGGCCAUCUUUCAAGCAAAUCAUUUCAAUCCUGGAGUCCAUGUCGCACGACACGAACCUUCCUGACCAGUGUAACUCAUUCCUGCACAAUAAGGCGGAGUGGAGGUGUGAAAUUGAAGCAACUCUUGAGAGGCUGAAGAAACUAGAGCGUGACCUCAGCUUUAAGGAGCAGGAGCUCAAAGAACGAGAAAGACGGCUGAAGAUGUGGGAGCAAAAGCUGACGGAACAGUCCAACACCCCGCUUCUCUUGCCUCUUGCUGCAAGAAUGUCUGAGGAGUCUUACUUUGAAUCUAAGACAGAGGAGUCAAACAGUGCAGAGAUGUCAUGUCAGAUCACAGCAGCAAGUAACGGGGAGGGCCAUGGCAUGAACCAAAGUCUGCAGGCCAUGAUGCUGAUGGGCUUUGGGGAUAUCUUCUCAAUGAACAAAGCAGGAGCUGUGCUGCAUUCUGGGAUGCAGAUAAACAUGCAAGCCAAGCAGAAUUCUUCCAAAACUACAUCUAAGAGAAGGGGGAAGAAGGUCAACAUGGCCCUGGGGUUCAGUGAUUUUGACUUGUCAGAAGGUGAUGAUGAUGGUGAUGAUGACGGUGAUCAGGAAGAUGAUGACAUGGAUAACAAUAGUGAAUGAAAGCAGAGGGCAAAGUAAUACAAUUGAAAAUGUCCGGGAAAACAAAAGAAACGUGUUAUCUCAGUCUGUACAAAAACCAGUAAGGAGGUAGAAAACCAAGCACUACAUUUUUAGGCCAAUCACAUUUAUAUGCCAGUCAUUUCUUUACGAUUUUACUUUUGAUUUGUCUUUGCUUACAGAAAAGGGGGCAGGGGAUUAAGCCAAAAAGGUCUAUUCAAUGAAUCAGCAAAUGUGGUGCCUGAUUAUAGAAACUUGUGAUUCUAUAUGUAAUAUAGCAUUUUUUGACUAAUGACAUUCUGGCUUUUUAAAAAUGAACACAUUAUAGUUUGAUUUGAUUUGAUUUAUUCAGUUGCUUUAAAAAACGUACAUUUUGAACAAGCACUCUCAACUCCUAAUUCUUCUUUGACACUUGAUUUUCUGGUAACAUACUAUGUUUUUUUCCCUUAUGGCAAUACACCAUACUGUCAGAAAUAAUUGAUAGUGACUACAAAAUCCAACAAUAAAAAAAUGGAAAUGAAAGGAGGUUGUAACAAAUACUUCUCCAGAAAUACCUAAGUGCUGAGGAUUUUUAAUACUUAAUAGCACAACUACUGAAAGUAAAACCCAAGAGAUGUUUUCAGUAGUACGUUUGCAGGAGAAAUACUCUAACUUGAAACCAACAGCAGAUGUUGUGGCACUUUCAUACCAGUGCUUGCCCUAGAAGCUUCUUAACAGCACACUGUCAUCUAAGGCUUAGCUUAUACUUUAUACAAAGAGAAAGAGAGGGUAAGGGAUCACACUUCCAGGCAGUGUGAGUGUUAAUACGGGGGCAGGGGUGUAUGCGUGUCUGUUUGUUUUCCAGAGGGGCAUGAGAAUCCUGGAUUCUAAAUACAUGUAGAGAUAUUUUAAAGACGGAACUAAAUAUUAUAAAAAGAAUAGCAAAGAUAAGCUGUCCUUACUUAGGCAAAAGUGCAGAAUGAAGGGUCCUUUUUAUAGCAGAUCUAGCCUUCCAAAUUUCUCUUUUUUUUAACCCUGACUCAGCCAUGCUGGUGUUAAAGAGAAAUAAAUGUAGGUGCUGCUCUGAAAACCUAGCUAGCCAGAGAGAUAGUCUCAGAAUGUUAUCACAGAAUUGUCAAAGCUUGUUUAAACUAUAAAACACUUUAUUAAAAAACUACAGAACAUUUGUAGUUAUGUACAUACAGAAAGGCAAAAGAACAAAAAAAGACUUUUUUUUUGAGUCUAAAUUUGAAAGCAGUGCCAUUCAUUUGACUAUUAAACCAAAGUACUUUGGGUGGUUCUUUUUAUGGAAGAUUUUUUUUUUUUUUUUUAGUUUUAUUUUUGGCUGCAUUGGGUCUUCGUUGCUGCGCACGGGCUUUCUCUAGUUGUGGCGAGUGUGGGCUACUCUUCGUUGUGGUGUGCAGGCUUCUCAUUGCAGUGGCUUCUCUCAUUGUGGAGCACGGGCUCUAGGCACACGGGUUUCAGUAGCUGUGGCACGCGGGCUCAGUAGUUGUGGCUCGCGGGCUCUAGAGUGCAGGCUCAGUAGUUGUGGCACACGGGCUUAGUUGCUCCGCGGCAUGUGGGAUCUUCCUAGACCAGGGCUCAAACCUGUGUCCCCUGCAUUAGCAGGUGGAUUCUUAACCACUGCGCCACCAGGGAAGCCCAUAGAAGAUUUAAGAAAGGAUAUCAUCAUAGAUAUUAUCUAAUACUAUUUUCAAGUAUAUUUGAUCAUAAAAAGCCUCCUGGAAUUUGAAGAAUGACAUGCUUCCAAUCCCCAUUAAGGGUGGAAAAAUACCACAAAAUGAUCAGUACUCUGUGCCAGCUUUAUUUAGAGAAAAAUUACUAAUAAAAUGUUCUGGGUGUGAAAUGUAGACCAGUCUGUAUAGAAUAGUGAUAAACAGAAGGAUCUGGAGUCAGAUCAUGAUUCAAAAUCGCUGUGCAAUCUUGGGCAAACUAUUUAACUUGUAUGUCUGCUCACCUUUAACUUGAGAAUGGUAAUAGUACUUACUUAAAGGAUUGUUGUGAGGAUUAAAUAAAAUGAUACAUGUAAAGCAUUUAACACAGUACCAGGACAAUGGUAAGUGGUCAGUUAAUGUUAGCUACUGUUAACUAUGCCAGUGAAAAGACACUGAAAAAUAAGUGGUUUCCGUACCCUGGAAAAUGAAACUAUCAAUUUCAAGUGAUAUUUGCUGAGUAGGAUGAGAUGAAAGUUAAAGUGAAUAGCUUUCAGGAAAGAUAAAGAGAACAUCUUUAGAACGUAAGCUGUACGAGCCCAUCUACUCUGUCGCCCUUUGAAGACCAUGCACAUGGCAAGGUUUAGCUAGUCUGAGGUGUUUGCAGGCCCUGCUACCACCCACAGACCAGGCAAACACAGAAAGAAGACGUAAACGUUUCCCCUAGAAGAUCGGUUCCCCACAUACCCAACCUGAUACACUUCCUAUGUCUAUGCACACAUAGACACAGAUACACACACACCGCAGUAUAUUGCUGGUGACAAACAGGUGCAAACAUAAAUAGGCAUCCUGUCUGCAGUCAGGCAUGGAGGAGUCCUCCUGGAUUCAAGACGAGCCACUCAAGCAGAAGAUCUUGGAGUGGAGCAGAGGGGAUGGUUUUCAGCUCUUGACUUCCCAGCAUGCCCUGGGGCUCUGUGGCCAUGUAACCUGAAGGAGAGCCAGAGACCAGGUAGUUCACAGCCUGUCGUUGCACAUCUUCCCAGGCCAAGGUACAGUCAUCCAUCCCACCAGUAUUCACUGAGCCCCUCCUUUGCGCCCGGUACCGUUCUAGAGAACAGCUAGAUGAAAAUCUGCACUUGCGGAGCUUACAGGCUCGCAAGUGGAGAUGGACAACAAAUGGAACAGAUGCAUCAUGUAGUAAACACUUGAUAAGUGCACGCUGGGAAACGAAGCGGGGAAGGAUGAGGCCCAUAGGGGAGUGUUGUGGACUUUCAAGUGUGGUCAGGAAAGGCCUUACCCAUUAUGGAAUCUCUGUGGGCUGAUUCUGGGAUCUGUGCACCUUAUGUAAGAGUGUAAACCUUAAAAAAAAAAAAAAAAAGGGUGUAAACCUUGCCUCUCAUUUGAGAAUAACCAGAAAUAAAUUUAAAACGUAUGAAAUGAAUGGGAUGGACAUUUUUUAAAAUUUACAUUAAAUAAAAAUGUAUAAUAAUAAUUAGAUCUAUUAUGAUUAUACAUAAGGUUUUGGUGCAUUAAUAAAAGCAGCCAAAUAAGGCCAAAAGAGAAAGGUAACCCAGACCUAGGUUUACCAUCCUUCAGGUAAUAUUUCUCUAAUCUCUCAACUGCUGCCAUUUUCCUCACAGAAAUUCCAGAGAUGGUCAUAGCUCAAUACUCUGCCAUCAAGAAACUGCAGAGAUUUUGGACACAGCAGAAUUGAUAACCUCAGUGAUAAGCUUGAAAUGUUCUAACCUAAAAUUGGGCUAUAGAUAAUUACUAUAUGGCACUGGCUAUUUUACUUUCUGUUCCAAAUCAGUGUCUCUCUAGGGUUUUGAACAUCCCUGAAAUCUGAAUCAUAUAAACAGAAUCUUAAAGUGGUUUAACUUGGUCUAUGAAGAUGAUUUAGAAGACGUUAGACUCUAUUAUUAGCCUUAUUAAGUUUAAAAAGAAAUAUUUAUUAGCCAUAUGCAGAAUUUCUAAUGAAGAUGUUAAUUAUACAGCUUUUAAUUCACUUUUUAGAUCAGUUUUUUUUGUUUUUUUUUAACAUCUUUAUUGGAAUAUAAUUGCUUUACAAUGGUGUGUUAGUUUCUGCUGUAUAACAAAGUGAAUCACUAUACAUAUACAUAUAUCCCCAUAUCCCCUCCCUCUUGCGUCUCCCUCCCUCCCACCCUCCCUAUCCCACCCCUCUAGGUGGACACAAAGCACCGAGCUGAUCUCCCUGUGCUAUGCGGCUGCUUCCCACUAGCUGUCUGUUUUCCAUUUGGUAGUGUAUAUAUGUCCAUGCCACUCUCUCACUUUGUCCCAGCUUAGCCUUCCCCCUUCCUGUGUCCUCAAGUCCGUUCUCUAUGUCUGCGUCUUUAUUCCUGUCCUGCCCCCAGGUUCUUCAGAACCUUUUUUUUUUUUUUUUAGAGUCCAUAUAUAUGUGUUAGCAUACAGUAUUUGUUUUUCUCUUUCUGACUUACUUCACUCUGUAUGACAGACUCUAGGUCCAUCCACCUCACUACAAAUAACUCAAUUUCGUUUCUUUUUAUGGCUGAGUAAUAUUCCAUUGUAUACAUGUGCCACAUCUUCUUUAUCCAUUCUUCAGAUCAGUCUUUAAAAUGGCAAAUUAUUGGUGUUGGAAUUAUUUCCAAAUACUUGACUUACAAAAAUAUACAUUUAUAAAGAGAAGAGUUAAAGAAACAGAGAAUAUAAAAUAGAUAAUAACUAAUAAGAACCUACUGUAUAGCACAGGGAACUCUACUCAGUACUCUGUAAUGGCCUAUAUGGGAAAAGAAUCUAAAAAAAGGAGUGGAUAUAUGUAUAUGUAUAACUGAUUCACUUUGCUGUACAGCAGAAAAUAACACAACAUUGUAAAUCAACUAUACUCCCAUAAAAAUUAAUUUUUAAAAAAAGAAACAAAUUUGAAGAAUCACAAUGAGAAUUGAAACUCCAAAUUGUGGUAAUAAUUAUCAGAGCCAUACAACUGAAAAUAUAACUACUCUUUCAUCUUUUUUCCUUUCCUCAUAAAGUGGAUCAUGUAGAAUUUGAUGACACCCUCUUAGUGGUUGUCACCCGAAUGGUGUUUGGUGAUGCUGGGGCAUAUAUUUGGUUGUCUGGGAGCAUAUUUAGUGCUCAGUGCCCAAAAUCCUACGUGGCAGUCCCACUCAAUAAAAAAAUUCCUUCCAAAAUACCCAUAGCAUUGUCCUUUCCUCCACUGGGAAACUUAGCUAAACCUGGCAGUUUUAGAGUUCCAUGUCUCAUUUUUUUUUCCCUAAACAGAAUUACCCGAGUCAAAAGAUGCAUUUUCGGAAUUACAGCUACUUACACAAUCUGAAUUGUGUAGAUUUGUGCCAUUUAUCUUAAAUCCUCACUUGUGGAAAUUGUUUCUUUCCCCUUCAGAAUGCUGGUGGAAACUUUAUGAAACAGCUAAAUUUAUCAGGGGAGGGGGGGACAAGGUGUCUCUCUCCUGUUACACUGAUUCCACAAUAAAUAAAAAAGAAAAAUAUCACUGAAGUAGUUACAAUUCUACAAAGUAGCCAGGUUAACUUAAAAGGACCCGUUUCUUAAUAGUCUUUUUUUUUUUUUUAAAGCAAAAUCACAUUUUAAUAUUUUACGUAAAUAACUAAUGGGAAGAGGUUGAAGGCACAUAGCACACUUGUUUUUGAGGCUCUGGAGAUGUUGAGGGCUUGAUUUUAGCUGGUGAUUUUUUUUUUUUUUUUAACAUCUUUAUUGGAGUAGAAUUGCUUUACAAUGUUGUGUUAGUUUCUGCUGUAUAACAAAGUGAAUCAGCUAUAUGUAUGCAUAUAUCCCCAUAUCCCCUCCCUCUUGCGUCUCCCUCCCACCCUCCCUAUCCCGCCCCUCUAGGUGGUCACAAAGCACCGAGCUGAUCUCCCUGUGCUAUGCGGCUGCUUCCCACUAACUAUCUAUUUUACAUUUGGUAGUGUAUGUAUGUCCAUGCUACUCUUUCGCCUUUUUCCAGCUUAUCCUUCGCCCUCCCUGUGUCCUCAAGUCCGUUCUCUACGUCUGCGUCUUUAUUGCUGUCCUGCCCCCAGGUUCUUCAGAACCUUUUUUUUUUCUUUUUCUUUAGAUUCCAUAUAUAUGUGUUAGCAUAUGGUAUUUGUUUUUCUCUUUCUGACUUACUUCACUCUGUAUGACAGACUCUAGGUCCAUCCACCUCACUACAAAUAACUCAAUUUCAUUUCUUUUUAUUAGCCAGUGAUUUUUAAUAUGCAGUAGAUUCGUUAGUUUAACACCAGCUGGGGAAUUCAAACUUGAUCCCCAUGAAAAUCAAGGAAUUGGGGUGGGGGAAGGUUUGGGAGAGAUCUAAAAUGAUUUCUCAUGGCCCUACGAUGUACACAACUUUGUUUUUCAGACGUUUCAUUGGAGUGGUAAGAAUUUCAUGAAAGAUAAUUUUAAAACUUACUCUGAGUUAAAUCUUGAUCCUUUUUUUUUUGAUACACUACACUUGUUCCUGCCUUUUGAAACUAGCAGUCUACUAUACUGCAUACAUAAUAAAGCAUAAUUUUUCUAUAAUCAGGUACCUUUUGCUGCUUUGGGGUAAGACUGUUUUCCUGUUUAGAUGUUAAGCAUUGCCAGAGAGAAGAAUCUGUCCUGUUCUUUUGAUUGUAACAUAGCCUGAUAGCUGUAGAUGCAGCCUCUCUGAUGAGAAAUGAGCGUCUACCAGGACGGCUGGAGGACUAGCUAUGUUUCCUCAGACUCCAGCUUAGUUUGCACUCUAUUGCCUGUGAGGAGCUUUCUGGCAUGUGAUUAUUUACUUCAGAGCUAGAGUUUCAGGCACCUACAUUAACUAUUUUAUAUUGUGCGCAGAAUAAUAGAUCUUUUAAUGUCAGGUACAAUGCACUGCACAUAUUGCUUUUGCACUGUUUUAAAAUUUUUGUACUAAGUGAUAGAAAAUAUUUAUAUUCUUUGAGUGUGAGCUUUGAAUAGAUGGCAUUAUCACCUUAUUGGUUUUUUUUUUAACAAAACGUUUUUCUCAAUUAUUCUAUCUCAAUGUUAUUCUGAGCAAGUCCUAUGCCAAAAUCUUGUAUCAUGUUUGUAUGGAAGAUUAAAUUUUACUCUUGUGUGGUAAGACUACUCAGUUAUUGAUUUCAGUGUUGGAAUUUGAUAUUCCAACACAAAGUCCACAAUGUAUUCAGAAAUCCAAGUCGGUGUCAUACAUUUCAUUUUGAUGUGAACUUUGCUUUCCUUUGUUUUAAGACUCCAUUUUGCAAUAAACGUUUUGACAGUAAA